ACACUUAACUGGAGUAUUUUUAAAACUUGUAUAUGAUCAAUUUAGACAUAACCUCUGGUCUUGAUAUUUCAGAACAAACCUGCUAACAACAUUAAGGAGUUGGGCCCGUACUCCAGUUAUCCAAAUUAAGAAACUUCAUAUUUGAUCUAAAAAUGUUCAACUCUGCAAACAUGGUCUUUUCACUGGAUAAUUUUUUUUAUGAAAGACCAGAUAAAAACCAAAGGUAUCUAGAAAAUGAAGAGCCUAAGGUUUGGUGUAUUACACCUGCUCCGUCUAUUUCUGAAAUUCCAGCUGCAGAAGAGUUGCAGAGGGAACUGGAAAAAAACACAGCCAACACUCAUAAAGGAGAGAGAAAACAUAAGAAGUUUAUACAACAAUGUAAGAGUACCUAUGAGGAAGGACAUGAUACAGCACCAGCACCAGCUCAGUUUGGCAUAGCCUCUGAAAAAGAAGUGCUCCAAUUUAGUGUAGGAGAAAGAGAGAAAAUUAGUUUUUGUCCUGAAAGUCUGAAAAUAGUUUCAUUGUUUCUCUGUUCUGACGAAAAUAAAACAGGAACAGGGGUUUCUCAUCCACCUGGUGCAAAUUUUUCACAAAACAAAAGAGAAAGUAAUUUUCCGGAAAACAGUGAUGAUGAUGACGAGAGUGCCCAUUCAACAUUAAGAAAAAACUUAUUUAAAAUGCCUGGUUAUAUGCACACAAAAACAGAAUUGAAAGAUAGUUAUGUUGAUGUGAAAGGAGUUGAUACUUACUUAAAUACAACUGAAAACAUGAAAGAAGUAAAAAAAGAAGAUUUAUGGAGAAAUAAUCAUCAUUCCUCAAUAACUGAAGACUCAGAUUUAACUCUGUGUAGGGUAAAUAAUGGGAACAUUGCAUCUAAAAAUGGAAUGAAUAUGAAAUCAUUUCCUAAUGCUUCAGAGAUUCUGGAUAUGACAGGAGUUACAGGAAGAAAAUUGGAAAUUUUGAGGGCCGUUACAGAAAUACCAACCCAAUUUAGGAGUAUUUUUAAGGAGUUCCCAUAUUUCAACUAUGCACAGUCUAAAGCUUUGGAUGAUCUUCUGUAUACGGAUAGGAAUUUUGUGAUUUGUGCUCCGACUGGCUCUGGAAAAACUGUAAUGUUUGAGCUAGCUAUUACCAGAUUACUCAUGGAAGCCCCACUGCCUUGGCUAAAUAUUAAGGUUGUUUACAUGGCUCCAAUAAAAGCUCUGUGCAGUCAGCGUUUUGAUGGUUGGAAAGAAAAAUUCGGACCUAUAGGACUCAGCUGCAAGGAACUGACAGGAGAUACAAUGGUGGAUGACUUAUUUGAAAUACAUCACGCUGACAUUAUUAUUACUACACCUGAAAAAUGGGAUAGUAUGACUAGAAGGUGGAGAGACAACUCUGUAGUCCAGCUUGUACGACUGUUUCUCAUUGAUGAGGUGCAUGUUAUAAAGGAUGAAAGCCGUGGUGCAACAUUAGAAGUGGUAGUCAGUCGGAUGAAGACUGUUCAGUCUUCUCUUUGGCAUCUUUUUGAGAAUCAUGACACUGUUCCUCCCUUGAGAUUUGUAGCUGUUUCUGCAACAAUCCCAAAUGCUGAAGAUAUUGCAGAAUGGCUUUCAGAUAGUAAGAUGCCAGCUGUAUGCCUGAAAAUAGAUGAGGAUCAACGACCAGUCAAGCUACGCAAAAUUGUUCUUGGUUUUCCAUGCAGUGACAAUCAGACAGAAUUCAAAUUUGACUUAACUCUUAACUACAAGAUAGCUAGUAUUAUACAAGCAUACUCAGAACAAAAACCAGCACUUGUGUUUUGUGCCACAAGAAAAGGAGUGCAACAGGCUGCUUCUGUUCUUGCAAAAGAUGCUAAAUUUCUACUGAGUGGAGAACAGAAACAAAGAUUACAGAAGUCUGCAAAUUCGCUGAAAGAUUCCAAACUGAGAGAUCUUUUAAUGUAUGGUGUGGCUUAUCAUCAUGCGGGCAUGGAGUUAUCUGACAGAAAAAUAAUUGAAGGAGCCUUUACUGCAGGAGACUUACCAGUACUUUUUACUACCAGCACCUUAGCAAUGGGAGUCAAUCUACCUGCACAUCUGGUGGUUAUAAAAUCCACAAUGCACUAUGUUGGAGGAGUGUUCCAAGAGUACAGUGAAACUGACAUUCUGCAAAUGAUUGGGAGAGCAGGAAGGCCUCAAUUUGACACUACAGCUACAGCAGUUAUUAUGACUCGUUGGAGCACAAGGGAAAAGUAUAUGCAGAUGUUAAAUGGUGCCGAUAUAAUAGAGAGCAGCUUGCACAGACAUCUUGUUGAGCACUUGAAUGCAGAAAUAGUGCUGCGUACUGUCACGGAUGUCACUGUAGCUUUGCAGUGGAUACGAUCAACAUUCUUGUACAUCAGAGCCUUAAAAAAUCCAACUCAUUAUGGUUUUUCAUCUGGAUUGGAUAAAAUUGGAAUUGAGGCAAAAUUACAAGAACUAUGUUUGAAGAACUUAAAUGAUUUAUCAUCUUUUGAUUUGAUCAGGAUGGAUGAAGAAAAUAAAUUCAAACCAACAGAGACUGGAAGAUUAAUGGCGUGGUAUUAUAUUGCAUUUGAUACAGUGAAACAGUUUUUCACAAUUAAGGGAACAGAGACUUUAAAUGAAUUGAUUACAAUGAUAUCCAACUGCACAGAAUUUCUGGAUGUCAAGUUAAGAACUAAUGAAAAGAAAAUACUGAACACAUUGAAUAAAGACAAGGACAAAAUAACUAUCAGGUUUCCAAUGGAGGGGAAGAUAAAAACAAGAGAAAUGAAAAUAAACUGUCUUAUUCAGGCUCAGCUCGGAUGCAUUCCUAUUCAAGACUUUACUUUGACACAAGAUACUGGCAGAAUAUUUAGAAAUGGCUUAAGAGUCACUAGAUGGUUAACUGACUUUCUGGCAUCAUGUAAGGACAGCUUUUCUGCUUUAUUAAACUCUUUGAUUUUAGCAAAGUGUUUCAGAUGCAGACUUUGGGAAAAUUCACUUCAUGUGUCUAAACAACUGGAAAAAAUUGGUGUAUCACUUGCAAACACUAUGGUGAAUGCUGGGCUGACAUCAUUUAAAAAAAUAGAAGAAACAAAUGCAAGGGAACUUGAAUUGAUUUUAAACAGACAUCCUCCUUUUGGAAACCAGAUAAAAGAAUCUGUUUUGCACCUUCCAAAAUAUGAACUUGACAUUGAACAGCUUCCAAAAUACAGUGAUACAUUGGCUGAAAUCUUAGUAACCAUCAGAUUAACAAACUAUGAGCAGCUACAAACGAAGAGAACAGCGACAGACUUCCACUAUGUUACACUGGUUAUAGGAGAUGCUGACAACCAAGUCAUUUUUAAUCAGAAAAUUAUGGAUUCUGUGCUGCUGAAAACUGGCAAUUGGACAAAGAAAAUUGAAGUGAAAAGAGCUCUUAAAUCAGAAGAAAUUAGUAUAAAUUUAAUUAGUUCGGAUUACGUUGGCCUUGAUAUACAGCAAGCAUAUACAGCCUUUUACUUAACACCAAAACCAGUGGGAAAUAAGGUGGUUACAAAUCAAAACCUGCAGGCCAAGUCUUCACUUGAUACACGUUAUGGCUCACCUCAGAGUCUGUCAGCAGCAAAAGUAGAUACAGGAGGCAGAUCUAAACAAGAGAUUACUUACAAGAAAUACGGAAACAGAGAAUGCAACCACCGCUGUAAAAACAAAGACGUGUGUGGACAUGACUGCUGUAAAAUUGGAGUACCUCCAAAGUCUGAGAUGAAUGGAGAUGCAAAGUUUUCUUUGUACCUAGCUGAUUUAAGGAGCAGGAACUCAAUUUCAUGUGUACCCCCAGUAAAACGGUUAAAGAUGCAGAUGUUAAAUCAAACUCAAACUGUGGAUCUCAAGCAAUUUGUUUUUACACCUAAAUUUUCAUUGCCGGCAUUGCUGAGGUCUAGCAAUGGACAGUUAUCUUCAUUACCUUCAGUGGACCAGACAGAUAAUAUUAAUAGCUUAGGGGGAUCUCAGAAACAACUGCAGUCCUGGAACUAUGGGAAAAGUAAUUCUUUCGAUGUGGACUUUGAAAUGCAGGAUGAUGUUUGGGAUGAUAUUGAUGAUGAGAAAUUAGUAUAUGCUAGCAAUUUUGACAGUAGAGAUAUAGAUGAGUGUGAACCAAUUGGCCAGUAUAUAAGAAGCAAAGCCACAAAUGACAUUUCAAAACAUUCGUGCACAUUACAAGAUGAGACAAGUGUUCAGAACUCCCCAGUUUCUGUGGUUGAUAGCCCAUCAAAAGUGAAUUUAUCUGCACAGCAUGGAAAUACAAAUAUGUUCAGUUUUCAAGAGAAAAACUGUUCAAAUCUUUCACAAGAGCUGAAAACUGCACAAUGUUCUUCCAUCUCAAAAAAGAUCCCAGACUCUUCUAAAUUCACUAGGAAAGAGGAUUUCUUUAUUUUCACAGAACAGGAAAAGGAAGCAGAUCCCAGAUACCUUCUUGAUGAUGAAAUCAAUGAUGUCAAGCCCUUUCUUGGUAUAUUUGAUGGCAUUUUGUAAAACAUAUAAACCAAAAUACAUUGUAAGAGUUGGGGAAAGAAGUUACAGUCAUCUUUACAGAGGGAAUCCUUCAAAUCCAGUUAAGUGAAUUAUCUCUGUUGUAUGCCUAUUUACCAAUAGCUAGAUGGCUGCACAAAGUAGAUGGUAACACAACUGAUGUAAAAUUUACAGAAUUCUAGGUAUAUUAUCUUGUUCUGAAAUGUACUUAAAUACUUGUUUGUUGGCUUUGCUGUUUUUAAGAAAAUACUGGAAUGUGUCACAGGAGAAUAGGUUUCAAACUGAGGGUGCUGUUAUAAACUGAAAAACACAUAAGGGGAAGUGAGCUGUAUAUGACAUGCCCUGCUUACAAGUACACUUUAAAUGAAUGAAAGGCUCUUUCCUCAGAAAUUUCUUAAUGCCUUUUGGUGUUAUCUUUCAGUUUCUCUAAUGCUGAUUUUGUUUAUAGCAGUGUUUCUGUAAAAAUAAUUAGAUUUACAAAUAAAAGGAACAGAAUGGUAAGCUA